CAGCCACUAUUUUUCCAGGAUUUACCAAGGAUGCGUCUGAGAACUUUGCUUUCGCGAAAGUUAAAUUACGCUUGACUUGGACUUGUUCUGCGCGUCGGAAUGAAGAGCGUGAAGUAAACCUGGAGACUUCUGUUGUUUUUAAAUAUAUAGCCUAGCUAUAUAUAAAUCACGCAACUUCAUCAAAACAAUAAAUAAAUAAAUCUAUACUUUGGGUAAGUGACAGCCCUGUCAGUGGAUUUCUACCUGAAGCAGGUGAACGCGUCAUGUCCAAGCCCAUGGAUCACGUUAAGCGUCCUAUGAACGCGUUCAUGGUCUGGUCCCGAGCGCAGCGGCGGAAAAUGGCCCAGGAGAACCCGAAAAUGCACAAUUCCGAAAUCAGCAAGCGCCUCGGAGCGGAGUGGAAACUUCUGACGGAGUCUGAAAAGAGGCCGUUCAUUGACGAAGCCAAGCGCCUGCGGGCGAUGCACAUGAAGGAGCACCCCGACUACAAAUACAGACCCCGGAGGAAGCCCAAGACUUUAAUGAAGAAGGACAAAUUCGCGUUCCCGGUGGCGUAUAAUUUGGGAGAGCACGAGGCGCUGAAGGUGGGCGGCUUACCAGCCGGAGCGCUCACCGAGUCUCUAAUGAGCAACCCGGACAAGGCAGCGGCGGCGGCGGCCGCAGCGGCGGCCAGGGUGUUCUUCAACCCCUCAAUGUCCGCAAACCCGUACUCCUUUUUUGAUCUUGGCUCAAAAAUGACCGAACUUUCGCCACCGUCUUUCUCCUACGCCUCACCAUUGGGUUACCCAACAGCGGCGACCGCGUUUUCGGGCGCAGUCGGCGGCGGAGCGCACACACACACGCACUCGCAUCCUUCACCGGGUAACCCCGGGUACAUGAUCCCGUGUAACUGCGCAGCCUGGCCGUCAGCGGGGCUCCAGCCGCCCCUUGCAUACAUUUUACUACCCGGAAUGGGAAAACCACAACUUGAACCGUAUCCCGCGUACGCGGCGGCGUUAUGAGACUCUAAAGCGAGAAAAGUUUUUAAUGUGAGCAGAAAGAAAAGACUACAUGCAAUACACGUGGAGCAUGCACGAACCUGAACAUGUGAUGACCACGAUCGUCAUAUCAGACAUCACAUGUGUUUGUAUCAUGAUUAUAAUGCCUUGAUGUAAAGGUAAAAGCUCUGACUUUCCGGAUAUCAGUGUGCUGAACGGAUCCAGUCUGCCCUUGUCAAUGUGAAUAAUCCAAGGAGAAGCGUCUGAUUAUUAACCUGUUGACUCUGUAACUAGCUCAGCCUAAUACGCGCCGCUGUUGCAGAGAAGAUCGGUCAAUGCUGUCAGCGUGGUGACUUUAUUGAAGAUAAAA